UGUCACGUCACCACUCCCGAGCGCAGCUAUCGCGAGAUUGAGUAUCAGGAACUUCCACGUCAGUAUCAUCCAGUGCUCUGUUCACUGAAGUCGGAACGUUUGGACAACACAUCGUAUUUAUCGGGUUUUAUUGCGACAACACGGGGAUUAAUCAUGCCUCUGAGGCUGGAUAUCAAGCGGAGGUUGACAGCCAGGUCGGACCGAGUGAAGAGUGUGGAUCUUCACCCGACAGAGUCAUGGAUGCUGGCCAGUCUUUACAACGGAAGUGUGUGUGUUUGGAACCAUGAAACACAGACUCUUGUCAAGACCUUUGAAGUGUGUGACCUCCCUGUCAGAGCCUCUAAGUUUGUGGCUAGGAAGAACUGGGUCAUCACCGGAGCAGAUGACAUGCAGAUCCGUGUGUUUAAUUACAACACCUUGGAGCGGGUUCACAUGUUUGAGGCCCACUCAGAUUACAUCCGCUGCAUUGCAGUCCAUCCUACCCAGCCCUACAUCCUCACCAGCAGUGAUGACAUGUUGAUCAAGCUAUGGGACUGGGAGAAGAAGUGGUCAUGCAGCCAGGUGUUUGAGGGUCACACUCACUAUGUCAUGCAAAUAGUUAUCAACCCCAAGGACAACAACCAGUUUGCCAGUGCCUCCCUGGACAGGACUAUUAAGGUCUGGCAGCUAGGCUCUUCAUCUCCCAAUUUCACUUUGGAGGGCCAUGAGAAAGGAGUCAAUUGUAUUGAUUACUACAGCGGAGGGGACAAGCCUUACCUCAUCUCAGGAGCUGAUGACCGCCAAGUGAAGAUCUGGGACUACCAGAACAAGACCUGUGUGCAGACUCUGGAGGGCCACGCCCAAAACGUAUCUUGUGUCAGCUUCCACCCAGAGCUACCCAUCAUCAUCACCGGAUCAGAAGAUGGUACUGUGCGUAUCUGGCACUCAAGCACUUACCGCCUGGAGAGCACCCUGAACUAUGGCAUGGAGAGAGUGUGGUGUGUGUCUGGCCUCAGGGGCUCCAACAAUGUAGCACUGGGCUAUGAUGAAGGAAGCAUCAUUAUCAAGGUGGGUCGAGAGGAGCCAGCCAUGUCUAUGGACACUAAUGGAAAAAUAAUCUGGGCUAAACACAGUGAAAUACAGCAAGCCAACCUGAAAGCCAUGGGUGACGCUGAGAUCAAGGAUGGAGAGAGGUUGCCAUUGGCUGUCAAAGACAUGGGCAGCUGUGAGAUCUACCCCCAAACCAUCCAACAUAACCCAAAUGGAAGGUUUGUUGUUGUGUGCGGAGAUGGAGAGUAUAUCAUCUAUACUGCCAUGGCUUUGAGGAACAAGAGCUUCGGCUCAGCACAGGAGUUUGUCUGGGCUCAUGACUCAUCUGAGUAUGCUAUCAGAGAAAGCAGCAGUAUUGUCAAAAUCUUCAAAAAUUUCAAAGAAAAGAAAUCUUUCAAGCCGGACUUUGGAGCUGAAGGGAUCUAUGGAGGUUUCUUGCUUGGAGUGAGAUCAGUCAAUGGCCUUGCAUUUUAUGACUGGGAGAAUACAGAGCUGAUCCGCCGUAUCGAGAUCCAACCCAAACACAUCUUCUGGUCAGACUCUGGUGAACUUGUCUGCAUCGCUACAGAGGAAUCCUUUUUCAUUUUGCGUUACAUGGCAGAUAAAGUAGCUGCCUCUCAAGAAAACAAUGAAGGAGUGACUGAGGAUGGUAUUGAAGAUGCCUUUGAGGUCCAGGGAGAGAUCCAGGAGAUUGUAAAGACCGGACUCUGGGUGGGAGACUGCUUCAUCUACACCAGCUCUGUGAACCGGCUCAACUACUUUGUAGGAGGAGAGAUUGUUACUAUCGCUCACCUGGACAGAACCAUGUACCUGCUGGGUUAUAUACCCAAAGAUGACCGUCUGUAUCUGGGAGACAAGGAGCUCAACAUUGUCAGCUACUCCCUGCUGGUCUCUGUCCUGGAGUACCAGACAGCCGUCAUGAGGAGGGACUUUGGAAUGGCUGACAAGGUGCUACCCACUAUUCCCAAGGAGCAGCGAACCAGGGUGGCCCAUUUCCUUGAGAAACAGGGUUUCAAGCAGCAGGCGCUGGCUGUGUCCACUGACCCAGAACACAGGUUUGAGCUGGCAUUACAACUGGGAGAAUUGAAGAUUGCUUAUCAACUGGCUGUAGAGGCAGAGUCUGAGCAGAAGUGGAAGCAGUUAGCAGAGCUGGCUAUCAGUAAGUGCCAAUUUGGUCUGGCCCAGGAGUGCCUGCACCAUGCCCAGGACUAUGGUGGCCUGCUCCUCCUUGCCACGGCCUCUGGUAACGCCACUAUGGUGGGCAAGCUGGCUGAAGGGGCAGAGAAGGACGGCAAGAACAACGUGGCCUUCAUGACCUACUUCCUGCAGGGAAAACUGGAUCAAUGUUUGGAGCUCCUGAUCAGGACAAACCGACUACCUGAAGCAGCCUUCCUAGCUCGCACUUAUCUGCCCAGUCAGGUGUCCCGUGUGGUCAAACUGUGGAGGGAGAACCUGGCAAAGGUUAACCAGAAGGCGGCAGAGUCCCUAGCAGACCCUACAGAGUAUGAGAAUCUAUUCCCCGGGCUGAAAGAAGCCUUUGCAGCUGAGCAUUACCUCAGAGAGAGCUGCUUGGGUACCACCAGGCCCGCCAAAGAUUAUCCUCUUGUCACACUCAAUGAAGACAGGAAUAUUCUUGAAGAGGCUCAGGGAUAUGAGCCCAAAGGAAUCUUCAUUCCUCAUGUCACCAAGACUCAAGAUAGUGAGGAAUCAGUGGCAGCAGCUACUGUUGCUGCAGCAGCAGCUGUGACGUUUGCACAGCCUCAACCUGCUGCUGCCCCAGCAGUGGGCAGAGAAGAGGAGGAGGAGGAGGAAGAAGAGGAGGAGGAAGAAGAGGAAGAACAGGAGGAAGUCGCUGAAUUCUCACAGUCAAAAGAAAAGACUCUGGACGAGCUGGAGGUUGACUUGGACAACAUGGAGCUGGAUGACAUUGAUACAACAGACGUUAACCUGGAUGAUGACUUUCUAGAUGACUGAGAUCUGCCUGACCACUCUGCAUCUGCUCCCAAGCACUAUUCAGAGCUUAUUUAAAAACAAAGAGAAAGAGACCAAACUCCCUUUUCCCCUUUUUUGUAUUUGUAUCUUAUUAAUAUUAUGUUGUCAUGUCAACCUAUUGCAGAGACACGGUUCAAGUAGAAGAUGAUUAUAUUAAAGAUGAUGAUGAUGAUGGUGGUGAUAUGAGAAAUGUUUUAUUCUGUUAAGAAAAGUAGAUACUUCAUGUCUAUUUCAGACUCCCCAUUUUGUACACCAUUUAUUGAUUGUUUGAGAUACUUCACUAACUAUCCAUUAAGCAAUACAUUGUAUUUACUCUCUGCUUUGUGUUGUCUGUACUGGCAAAUCAAAAAUUCAUUCUGUCCAAUAAACUGCGGUAGCUGUACAUAUUCA